AUGAGGCAGGUGGCCGUGCUCAAGGGCAUGGUCCUCGAGGCUGUGGACAUGGCUGGAGGAUUUGGCGGAGGCUACCUGACUGUCAACAUUGAGCCUCUCCCCCCAGUGGUGGCUGGGGACGCCGUGACCUUGAAGUGUAACUUCAAGACCGAUGGCCGCAUGCGCGAGAUCGUGUGGUACCGGGUGACAGAGGGCGGUACCAUCAAACAGAAGAUCUUCACCUUCGACGCCAUGUUCUCCACCAACUACUCCCACAUGGAGAACUACCGCAAGAGAGAGGACCUGGUGUACCAAUCCACAGUGAGGCUUCCCGAGGUACGCAUCUCGGACAACGGCCCUUACGAGUGCCACGUGGGCAUCUAUGACCGUGCCACGAGGGAGAAGGUGGUCCUAGCCUCAGGCAACAUCUUCCUCAAUGUCAUGGCUCCUCCAACCUCCAUUGAAGUGGUGGCCGCCGACACACCAUCGCCCUUCAGCCGCUACCAAGCCCAGAACUUCACGCUCAUUUGCAUCGUGUCUGGAGGGAAGCCAGCACCCACCGUUUAUUUCAAAAGAGAUGGGGAACCCAUCGACGCCGUGCCCUUGUCUGAGCCGCCGGUUGCAAGCUCGGGCCCCCUCCAGGACAGCAGGCCCUUCCGUAGCCUUCUGCACCGUGACCUAGAUGACACCAAGAUGCAGAAGUCACUGUCCCUCCUGGACACUGAGACCCGGGGAGGGCGUCCCUACACGGAGCAUCCCUCCCGCGUCUUGACCCCAGACCCCAGCGCCUUCCUGCAGCCGACCACCGAGAAUGUCCCGGAGACCAUCGUGAGCCGCGAGUUCCCCCGCUGGGUCCACAGCACUGAGCCCAUCUACUUCCUACACCACAGCCACACCCCAGGCAGCGACGGCACCGUGGAGGUGCGCGCUCUGCUCACCUGGACCCUCAACCCGCAGAUCGACAACGAGGCCCUGUUCAGCUGCGAGGUCAAGCACCCGGCACUGUCGAUGCCCAUGCAGGCAGAGGUCACGCUGGGUUCUUAG